AUGGCCUCAACAUCCAGCCCCUCCGUCCCUCAAGAGGCCCCGUGGAAGAAGACGUUCUUGGACCACAUCUCCCAAAUGGACUCCCCCGAAUUCGUCUUCUCCUCCCUCCACCAAGCCCCCGACAAAUCCAAUAGCCCCACGCCCUACCUCCCCCGCGCCCGUUUCUGCAUCUACCGCGGCAUGUGGGCCCAACUCCCCGAAAACAAACACAACACCGCGCCGAUGAACGAGCGAAUCUUCGAGUCGGAAAUGCCGACUUUCACGACGGAUGUGCGGAUGCAGAAGACGUUUGAACUGUUCAACUCAUCGGCGGGACAUGCGGAUAGUACGAAGUUGACGCAGGGAUCUGGCGGAGGGGGGCCUUGUGAGGCGGUGUGGUGGGUCAAAGGGGAGACGAUGGUGCAGUGGAGGAUCAAGGGAGUGGCGUAUAUUGUGGGGCCGGAUAUUGAGAGCGAUGAGGAGAGUAGUGGGGUGAGGACGGUGAAGAGUGAGUUGGGGGAGAGGAUGAGGGUUGUCAAGGAGGAGGGUAGGGAGGGGUGGGGGUGGGGGAGGGAGGUGACGGCUUGUUUUGGGAAUAUUUCGCCGGGGAUGAGGGGCUCGUUUGCGAACCCACCGCCUGGCAAACCUGUCGAUCAAUCCUACGACGACCAGAAGUUGAAGUUGGGACAGAAGGUCGAGGACUUGGAAGAUCCCGUCGCAAGAGAGAAUUUCCGCGUGGUGGUCAUCAAGCCGGAAGUCGUGGAGAGUGUCGAUCAAAAGGAUCCUGCGACGAACCGACGACAUGUGUGGACUUUUGACAAGGCUACAGGUGGAUGGGAGCACCAGGAGUGCUGGCCAUAG